AUGUCAACAUCAACCGAACCUAAAACACCCACAACUGAAGAGCUUGAUACGGAGAAGAAUUAUAAUGUUGAAGAGGAAGAUGAAUCAGAAACAGAUCAUUUUUCACGUGCUAAAACAAAUCUUUUAAGAACACCAAGUGUUUUAAAUGCUAUUAUUGAUCAAAUACAUCCGGAUAUAAUAGCAAAAUCACAUCAAUCAAAUUUUGUUUUAUUUCCACCAAAAUUACAAGGUUGUACGGUUAUGGAUCUUGGCUGUGGUAUUGGUCGUGAUGUUUUUAUUUUAUCAAAACUUGUCGGAGAACAUGGACGAGUUAUUGGAAUUGAUUCUGCAAGAGAUCACUUGGAUUUUGCUCGUCAACAUAUUGAUUAUCAUAUGAAAAAAUUCGAAUUAGAAAAAUGCAAUGUUGAAUUUAUUCAAGGUGAAAUUGAUGAAUUAGAAAAAGCAAAUCUUAAAGAAAAUUCAAUUGACGUUAUUGUAUCAAAUAGUGUUAUUAACUAUCGAAGAAAUAGAAAAGCAAUUAUCGAAGGUGUUUGCAAAUUACUUAAACCUGGUGGAGAAUUUUAUUUUUCGGAUGUUUAUGUUAAUCGAUCAAUACCUGAAGAAUAUCAAGAAUUAUUAUCCGGCGAAUAUGUUGGUGGAGCUCUUCGAUGGGAAGAUUUAAUAUUAUAUGCAACAGAAGCAGGUUUUACUCAACCACGUUUAGUUACAGCUAAACCAGUAACAAUUAUAAAUGAAGAUAUUCUAAAAGCGAUUGGUAAAGCAAGAUUUGUAACAGCUAUAUUUCGUUGUUUUAAAUUACCAUUCAAUGAUAAUGAUACAACACAAUUUAAUGUACCAUAUCAAUUAACUUAUGAAACACCUUUACCUAGCUGUGAAGAAGAAUUUUUCUUUGAUCAUUUAAUUCAAUUUAAACCUGGCGAAUUAUUGGUUGUAAAUGAUCCAUCAAUUGCUCUUGCAUUGAAUGUAUCACGAUAUAAAGACAACUUUAUUUUUGAUCCAAUUGAAGAUACAAAUAUGGGAACGACUACAAUUGAAACUAUUGAAGAAUUACAAGGUGGCAAUGAUGAUCAAACUAAAAUCUAUCGGAAAACAACGACGAUGACAACAACGAUGACAUCAAACGAUUAA